GUGACAUUGUGAUAUGUGUCAUGUACUUUUGAUGUAAAUUAUAAUAUUUUUUGGUUUAUAUUUUUUUACAAAUUCAUGCAAUCUAACAUCAUGUUUUAAAAGUUUCCAGCAAGCACUUUGCCCAAAUUUUCGUUAACCAUCUACAAUGUCCAGCCGAUUACUUCCAGUUCACUUAGUUGAUGAAGAAAAACCAGUAGAAGAGGUUGUAGUAAUUGUUGUACCUGACGAGGGCACAGUAGAAUGGAUUCAGUACUGGCAUCAGUUUGAAGGUCACCUCCCCACUCCCAUAGAUGUGUCCAUAACAGGGUCUAUGUUGUACAGAUGUCCAGAACUAAAAUGGUACAAUUUCGAUGUCUACCCUCAUAAAGUGAAGAUUACUAAUACUGGAUACACUGUGGUAAUAUCACCAAAAUGGAAGACUGAACGUCCAUACUUGGAAGGUGGUCCGUUUCUGGAGAAACACGUGCUGUCCCAAAUACAUUUCCACUGGGGUGCUGAUAUGAUGGAGGGCAGCGACCACACUGUCGACCAGAGGAGGUACCCUGGUGAGAUGCAAGUAACCUUCUUUCGUUCAGAAUACUUGACGCAAGAGGAAGCUCUACGUCAUCCAGAUGGCGUGACCAUGAUUUGCUACUUGAUAAAGUACGGUGUCAACCCUGAUGAGAGAUUGAGCUGGGUAAUCGAAGGAUUUCAAAGAAUACAAGAGGCACAGAAAUUCACUCGCAUAGGUCCACUACCAAUGUCGCGGCUCCUGCCAAUGUUCUAUGAAGAUUAUUUCCUAUAUUGGGGCAAAUUGGAAACAGUCAAAGGAGAAUCGUACGUGAUCAAGUGGCUGGUACCAAGGGCAACUUUAUUUGCUUCAUUUGAGCAGAUGAACGAGUUCCGGAGACUGUGGGAUCCUUGGGACGAACCAAACUUGGGAAACUUUAGACCAUUACAAGAACGUCAAGACCGACAUAUUUUCUUUAUAAACCCCCAUUGGAAUCAAUACAAUUCUUUGUUGCCUAUACCAAGAGUUCCAGAACCGUCUAUAUCACUCUUGUCUCUUGCUUACCGAAAGAAUUCUUGGAUGCUGCCAAUACAGAACCGCAAUAAAGAGACUAAUGAAACUCCAGAGCCACAAAAUACAAAAAUUAGUGCCACCCACUUUGUACCUAAAAAUAUUUAAGCAGUUCCUAUUUUUCACUAUUAUAUUUUUUACAGUCCAAGAAAAGAAAGGAAAAAAAUACUACACUAUUUCACUUUUUGUUGUUAACAUUUUCUUGUGUAAAUAAAUGUAAAUAAAAUUAAAA